UUUGGACACUUGUGCGGCGGUGCUGUUAUCGUCGUGCGUUUGUUCGUAGCUCGCGUUUCCAACAUAAGGCUCGUUUUAUUUGGAACACCACUUUGGGUCUUUGUCAUUUUACCGAAAUCAAGCGACAAAGUACGUCAUUGCUUCCACCUAUCCAGUAUUCAUUCCAUUCGUUUAUCCACUCCGGCAAUUCCAUCUGUCAAAAGAUUUCUUUAUUGACUCAAAGAGAGCUCAGUAAAGGAGCUGUCAACGCAGAGCGCACGAGCACUAGUGAGAGACAUUGUGGUGAGAGUCAAAGGUCCGUGAGAGUAGACCGGUGAGCAAUGGUCGCCGCCACCUCUUCGAUGGAGAGCUUCUGGACCCUGCUGGAGCUGGCCAAAGAGCCUCUGGCCUGGAAGGUGUUCCUGUCUCUCGUCUGGGAAAAUACUAGGUGGUACCUUCUGAUGACGGUCGUUCUUACCGUGGCCACGGUCCUGCUCGGCUGGCUCUACACUGCCGUCUGGUGCGCCAGGUCCGCUACAGUCCGCGUCCGGCCGAACACGCCGUCAGAAACGGAGGUCCAGGAGGCCAGUUCCACCACCACCCCUUCCCCUGACGACCACUCCGUCCUGGACGAGCGCCGCCGACGUCAGGACUCGGACGAUGAGCCGCUGACGGUGCUGGUGGACACGACACAGCCGCUGCCGCCCGGCCGACUGAAGCGGGCAGAGCGGGAGGCGAUGAGGCGGCGCCUGGAGCAGGAUAUGACGGAGGAGCAGAAACGGGAGGAGAGGCAAGCGGAGUCUGAGCAGAUGGCGGCCAUAUUGGAUUUGAUGCAGAAAAACAGUGACAAGUUUGGAAACCCCUCCGCUGAGGAAAUGCAGUCUCAGAUGCGCCUAUAUCUAUAGAGACAAUAUAAAAGUGUAUUCCUUA